AUGGAGCGGAUGUUGAAGCGAGUGUACCGAGACCGCGACCGCCGUGGCAGGGGGAGGGGGAGGGGUAGAACAGCUGAUCGUGCUAUCACCGAGGAUGUGCUGUUCCGGAAGCUGCUGAGGGUGAUACCGACCAUCCCCAGCCCCGCGUGUGCGGAGUGGAUGACCGUCAUGGAGUUCACAAAGAGGAGAUUGUGUGGUCGGAGAUGUGAUAACGAGCUUUACCGCAGCAACAGCUUCAAGUUUGAGAGAUUUGAAAGCGACGUCGCCGGCGUGGACAACAAACAGGUUGCUCUGUGCGAUGACUACAGUCUUCCUGUAGACUUUGUCAACAAGAGACGUCCUCUUAGCUUCGGUGGCCUUCCAGACUGGUCCUUACACAGCUUCCAUGGCAACGCGGUAGAGAUCCUCGACCAGUACAGUGACCCCAAGGACUCCAAGGCUUACCUAGAGCCUGGCGAGGAGGCUACUGGGAAACUCUACUGUAGCCCAGACAAAGACUACAGCCAGCCAUGGCCGUACUAG